CUCUCUCCCUUUUUUUUUUUUAUCGAAAAAAGGAUCACUUUCAAGAUGAAACCCAUCACUAAAUAGUAGUAGAAACAGUUACUUUCAGUGAGAGAGCAUGGACUGGUUUCUUCCUACUUCUUUAUCAUUCUCUAUAUCUCACUAUCAACACUUUCUGUAUUGUCAACUUUUUUGUAGGCUGGUUCAGUUCAUUGCACUGAUAAUAAACAACACUCGAGCCUCAAAAUUUUAUUUCUUCUGGAUUCACCAUUCAAUUUUUAGAACUGGGUGGAUUGGGUUAAAGGCGAAAGGUUGAACCUCUGAAAUUGGCUCGAGAUUUGACGCCAAGGAGAUUUUUGCAAGUAUGGAUCUCCGAGAAGAUAGCUCUCGAUUUGGUGGGUUACCAGUAACAACUUCAAGGAAUAUGUCAUCAUCGUCCUCAGCAUUCUUUUCAGCAAAUCAGUCUCCUUUCUUCUCUCCAAGAUCACCAAACUGUCAAAUAUCUGAAUCAACAAGGUUGGAAGCUCUAUGUGACAGUACUCAUUUAAGUGGCAAUUCCCUUAACUCCAGGUCAGGAAAUCUAGUACCAGCAUCUCUAGCAAAUGUCCAAGAUGUCUUAUCAGACAUUUCAAGGGAUCCAGUUGCUGAUAUUGGAACUGAUUUCCAGAAUUUUGAUCGAAUAUUGUCCUCAACUGGCAUUUCUAACAGCUCACCUUAUGGUUACAGCUACGCCCAUGACAAUGGUUAUUCUGGGUUCAGGGAGAAGCGCAGAAAGCAUGUGCGAAGCCAUGAAACGUCAUGUACUCCAGUGUCAGUACCACUUUCCUCAAACAGACUGAGCUGUGACAUCUUCAUAGGUAUGCAUGGUCGCAAACCUUCGAUGCUGAGGUUUGCUAAUUGGCUCCGUGCUGAAUUGGAGGUUCAGGGGAUGAGUUGUUUUGUAUCUGACAGAGCUCGAUGUAGGAACUCGUGGAAACAUGAAAUUGUCCAGAGGGCAAUGGAUGCUUCUUCUUUUGGCAUUAUAGUACUGACAAAGAAGUCCUUUAGGAACCCAUAUACCAUUGAGGAACUGAGGUUUUUGGCAAGCAAGAAGAAUUUGGUGCCUAUAUUCUUUGAUUUGACUCUUGAUGAUUGCCUGGUCAGGGACAUAGUUGAAAAGAGGGGAGAGUUGUGGGAAAAACAUGGAGGUGAGUUAUGGCUUUUGUAUGGUGGAUCGGAGAAGGAGUGGAAGGAAGCUGUUAAUGGUCUUUCUCAGGUUGAUGAGUGGAAACUGGAAGCUCAGGAGGGUAACUGGAGAGAUUGCAUACUAAGGGCUGUCACGCUUCUGGCAAUGAAAUUGGGGAGGAGAAGUGUUGUAGAACGGCUGACUAAGUGGAGAGAGAAGGUGGAUAAAGAAGAAUUCCCUUUCCCUCGAAAUGAGAACUUCAUUGGAAGGAAGAAAGAAUUGUCUGAACUGGAGUUUAUACUUUUUGGUGAUGUUAGUGGAGAAUCAGAAAGAGAUUAUUUUGAACUAAAGGCAAGACCCAGGAGAAAGAAUUUAACAGUUGGAUGGAGUAAGAGCAGUUUAAUGGAGGAAAAACGAAAGGAGCAACACUUGGGGAAUGGAGCCAAGAAAGGUAAAGAACCAGUUGUAUGGAAGGAAUCUGAAAAGGAGAUUGAGAUGCAAAGCACAGAAAUUUCUCAAAGGCAGCGCCAAGUGAGGCCAAAAAGUGGUGGACGUUAUGCAAGGAGAAAAAGAUCAACAAAAAUCAUGUACGGGAAAGGGAUUGCUUGUGUGUCAGGGGAGCCGGGAAUUGGCAAGACAGAACUUCUUCUGGAAUUUGCCUAUAGAUAUCAACAGAGGUACAAGAUGGUUUUAUGGAUUGGAGGAGAAAGCAGGUAUAUUAGGCAGAAUUAUCUAAAUCUCUGUUCAUUCUUAGAAGUUGAUGCGGGGGUUGAUAAUUUCUCAGAGAAAGGCAGGAUAAAAAGCUUUGAGGAGCAAGAAGAGGAAGCCAUUUAUGGAGUUCGGAAAGAGCUCAUGAGAAAUAUACCUUUUUUGGUGGUGAUUGAUAAUUUGGAGAGUGAAAAGGACUGGUGGGAUCACAAACUUGUAAUGGAUCUUCUUCCCCGCUUUGGCGGAGAGACCCACAUCAUAAUAUCCACACGGCUCCCUCGUGUGAUGAAUUUGGAACCCUUGAAACUCUCUUACUUAUCAGGGGUUGAGGCAAUGUGUUUAAUGCAGGGCAGUGGGAAAGACUAUUCAAUUUCAGAAAUUGAUGCCUUCAGGGUUAUUGAGGAGAAAGUAGGAAGGUCAACUUUGGGCCUUGCAAUAGUAGGAGCAAUUUUAUCUGAGCUUCCUAUAAAUCCAAGCAGGCUAUUGGACACCAUAAAUAGAAUGCCCUUGAGGGAGAUGUCAUGGAGUGGUAGGGAAUCUGAUACACUGAAGAGCAACAUUUUCCUGUUGCAACUCUUUGAGCUAUGUUUCUCAAUAUUUGAUCAUGCAGAUGGGCCAAGGAGUUUGGCAAGCAGAAUGGUCCAAGCUAGUGGUUGGUUUGGACCAUCUGCUAUUCCUGUUUCUCUAUUAGCACUAGCUGCAAAUAAGAUACCCCAGAAGCAUAGGGGGGCACGGUUAUGCAGAAAAUUAUUGCAUUACUUGAGUUGUGGUCUCACUUCAUCAUACAUCAAAAGGUCAGAAGCAGAAGCAUCCUCCAUGUUGUUGAGAUUUAAUAUUGCAAGAAGUAGUACCAAGCAAGGCUAUCUCCAUGUCAAUGAGCUUGUUAAGCUCUAUGUGUGCAAGAGAGGAACUGCUGCAGUUGCACAGGCUAUGGUUCAAGCUGUAAUCAGUCGUGGGUCCAUAUCCCACCAUUCAGAACAUAUAUGGGCAGCAUGUUUUUUGUUAUUCGGUUUUGGCAAUGAACCCAAAGUUGUUGAGCUGAAGGUGUCAGAGUUGUUGUACCUUGUUAGGGAAGUGGUUUUGCCUCUUGCAAUUUGGACAUUCAUUACAUUCUCUCGAUGCAAUGCUGCUCUGGAGCUUCUGCGACUUUGCACUAAUGCUUUGGAAGCAGCAGACCAAGCAUUUGUUACCCCAGUUGAGAAGUGGUUGGACAAAUCUCUUUGUUGGAGGCCCAUCCAGACUAAUGCUCAGUUGAAUCCAUACCUUUGGCAGGAGCUAGCACUAUCCAGAGCCACUGUGCUGGAAACUAGGGCAAAGCUCAUGCUGAGAGGGGGGCAGUUUGGUGUGGGGGAUGAUUUAAUAAGGAAGGCUAUUUUUAUUAGAACUUCAGUUUGUGGUGAUGACCAUCCAGACACUGUAUCUGCUCGUGAAACUCUAAGCAGACUCACCAGGCAUCUUGCAAAUGUUCAGAUUUACACUUCACCAUAGACUAUCUCGUGUAAGCAAGACUUACAUUAGAAUUAUACAAAAUUCUCAAAUAAUGUAAAAAUUUUAGAGGAAUAUUUUUACACCAUUUUAA